AUGAAGGCGAGAGAUAUCGCCGCUUCUGGUGUGACAUAUGUGUCAAUACCAGUAGCAAUUUUCGUCGGCUUGUAUGCGAUCCUACUCGGGCUACUCAUGACAUCGACCUUCCAAUCACAUGUCGUAUACCUCCAUGCAAUUCAGAUGGCGUGGCUCAAGGACCUCAAUGUCUCAGAGGCUUUUGGUUUUCUGAGAAAUCAAGUCAUCCCCUUUCCAAUCAAGACUACGGACGGUGAGCGACUAUACGCUUGGCAUAUCCUUCCAGCAGAAUUAUAUCGCAAGAAUGAAAUUUCGCUUCUCGAGGAACCUGUGGAAUUUGUCUCUGAUGUUAAGUCUCGACUCGGAUUCCAGCUACUGCGGAACGAUCCCGAAGUUCGAUUGAUUAUCCACAUGCAUGGAGCUGGAGGAACUGUCGCCUCGGGCUACAGAGUCCCUAAUUACCACGCAUUAUCUGCCGGCAAUCCCAAUAAAAUACAUGUUUUGACAUUUGACUAUCGCGGCUUUGGCAAAAGCACUGGUUCGCCCUCAGAAACAGGACUCAUCAUUGAUGCCCUUUCCGCAAUCGACUGGGCAACGAAUAUUGCUGGAAUCCCUCCCUCGCCGAUUCUCAUCUUCGCACAAUCUAUGGGUACAGCUGUGAGCAUUGCUGUAUCCAAACACCUCGCAAUACAAGACCCGCCUGUGGUCUUCGCAGGAACCAUUCUCACUGCGCCAUUCAUUCGCGACAAGUGGUCAAGCAAAGACUCGAUUGCGCAAUACAUUCGCGCGAAUGAGCAAAGUGGAGAGGAUUAUCGCCUGACGAUAAUUCAUGCAGAGGAUGACUAUGACAUUCCAUGGCAUCACUCCGAAUUGCUUUUUUGGCAUGCAGUCAAUGCGUCGACGCCUGCAGGGAUCAGUUAUGAUGACCUUGAACAGAAGAAGCUGGACUCCAAAACAGACCUUGGGGCAGCUGGGUCUAUCAUGGAAUGGAAGACUGAUAACGGUGUUAUUCGAGAAGAAAUAUUGAAGACUGGGCUGCAUGAUGUUAUCAUGGGAUAUCCGGUAGUUACAAGAGCGGUUAUGCGCAUGUUUGAAGCGGUCGAUCCGUCGUUUACUUCUUGGCUUUGA